CUCAUCCCUGCUUCCCAUCGUCACAUUUACCUACUUGACGAAUUCUUCCCAUCAAAGUCGGAACGGCCUCUAGCAUCGCCUACCAUGUAUUGCAGCUCAUUGAUGAUGGGAUGCUUUUUGGGUUCCCAGAAGUUCUGUAUGGCAGCGUCUUCGACUAACCCUACCGUCAGCUAAGGUAAUCAGAUGCCUUCGGCGGACAUGGGGCCCGGCAGAACUUGGCGUAUUACCUGCAUAUUUAGGACAGGCGAAGUUUCAAUGACCUAUAGGAUCUUCGCGAUCCAUUCAACUUAGUGUCCCACUGGCUAGCAUGGUAUCAGCUGUUCGUGGCUGGCACGAGGGACUGUCCUCACUCCACAGCUUCACAGCUUCGUACUCCUCAUGCCGUCGGCAAGAGAUUAACAUUGCCAUUCUGUCGCUUGAGAUAUCAGGAGACCUAAUACAACAACCAUGUCUCUCUGCAAAGUCUGUUCAGAGCUCAACAUUGACCAGCUAGACGCCACAGAUGUUCGUUUUCACCCCAGCCUCAAGGCUCUCCAGCGAAGUGCCGCGACGAAGUGUCCCUUCUGCACCCUGUGCUACACUCGUGUAAUGGAAGACAACCAUCAUACCGUCACCGACGCCCUUCUUAAUGAUCAGAUACCUCCAGGCUACGAGGAAGAGUCCUUUGUCCAGAGCAUCUGGCUCCAGGGCGAGGUGAGGCAAGGCAACCGCGGCGUCAGCGACCAAAUUCCAGGAUGUGCCAUCUGGAUCUCGUGUGGAAGAAUGCAUCCGGAUGCUGGUCUGGAAGAGACGAAUCGCCCCGGGAUGCCAUUUGCCUCGCGUCUAUCUCUUUUUGCUUUGACCUUCUGCAGAAGCCGGACAACGCCGGCAGCGCGCAAGUACAUCGAACGGUACAUAAGUGCGGACCACGAUCCUGAUGUCUACAUGCAUCUUGCAAGUUGGCGUUUGAAAAAGUGCAAAGACUCUCACAAGUUCUGCAAACCGAGGUCCUCGGAGAUGCCAACUCGCGUCAUUGCGGUCGGCAAGAACAAUGAAAAUCCGAAACUGAUAGUCACAAAUGGCCUUACAGAGUCAUACAUUGCUCUGUCUUAUUGCUGGGGUCCCGGGACAGAUACCUUCAAGCUGACGCAUCAGACCAAAAAUGAGCUCUUGCAUGGCGUCGUUCAAGAGAAGCUGACCAGGGCUCAUCAAGAGUCCAUCCGUUUUGCGCGCUCUCUUGGCAUUGAAUACCUCUGGAUCGAUGCGCUUUGCAUAAUACAAGGCGAUGCCGAUGACUGGGCCUUGGAAUCGCAGCGCAUGGCACAUGUGUACGGUAAUGCGGCUUUGACCAUCAUCGCUGGCCGUUCGGAUGAUGCUCGCAACGGCUUCCUUACGAAUGGACUUCAACAAAAGGUCCCUCCUUGCGCGUUGCCGCUUGGUCCAAACACGGAAGAUACUAUCAACGUCUGUCUUCCAAGAUCUACUGUUGUCGGACCCGUGUCCACGCGAGGGUGGUGUUUUCAGGAAGAAAAACUCUCAACUCGGUCCAUCGUAUUCGGUCAGGAGCAGAUCAUCUACCAAUGCCGCGAGGAGAAGAACUGGGAGGACGGGCAAGUCGAUUUUCAGGAUCUCAAGCCCACCUUCCUCACCCCUGGCUUUUCCACGGGUGCUCCUCACUCAGCGGCGGACAAAGAGACUACUCUUAUGAUGUGGUACGAGUUCGUCGACCUGUUCACGAUGAGGGCUCUAUCGAAUCCGCAUGACGUCUUCGCGGCCAUCGCAUCCAUCGCGAUCCUUGCGCAAGAGGUGCUGAAAUCUCGCUAUCUCGCGGGCAUUUGGGAAGAAGAUCUCGUAAGAGGCUUGUUGUGGAAACCACGCAAUCAGGUGCACGCAUUUUUCAGCACCUCAUUAACGCGUCCGAAACCAACUCCCUUUGCCCCAGCGCCGGUGAUCCGCGCGCCGUCGUGGUCUUGGGCGUCUGUCGAAGGCCCGCUCCAUCGCAUCUACAAUCCAAGGAAAUCGAAGCUAUUUCAAGACGGCAAUUACAUCAAGAUUAGACCUAGUCUGGGGACCAGAUGGACGGCCGCAGAAGACUGCGACGUGAAUACUCUCCACAUGCCGUCUUGUACACUGCAAAUCUCGGGACGUACUGCAAAGGCAACUCUGAUCAAGACGGGCAUUGUUGAAUGGUUUGAGGCGGACAAGUCAAGAAAGCGAUGGCUUCCUUACAAGAAAAUGCUGAGUCACUCAGUCUUGCUCGUUUCAACUGAAAAUAAGUCAGAUCCAACAAGAAACGAAGAUAAGGUCGUUGCUGUGGGGGCCUUUGAUGUGCCCGAGGAAGCAGAACAAUUCGAAGAGGUUUGGGGUCUUCCGCUGAUUGACAAAGAGGGGUUGAUGAUUGUUCCGCAUGAGGGAAAAUGGAAGCGGGCUGGGUGGUUCUGUUUAAGAGAUGAAUCUUGGUUUGAGACUAAGCCGGAGGUUGAGAUAGAUCUCGUAUAAUGCUAAACUUCCUCAGACCAGCCAUGCCCUUUCCAAUGAUAUAUAGAGAGAUCUGUCUCAUGCAGCGACUGAACCGGCCCUCGUGAUCUCCUGCUGUCUCUUUUUUGCCUCUACCGAAGCCUUGCGAGGGUUCUCUGCCUCGAAUACUUCAUCGAGCUCCUCUAGUGUGAACCCCUUUGUCUCGACGAAGAGGAAAUACAUGAACAGCAUUUCGAAACUGUCCCAGGCCACGAAGAAGACAUAAAACCAAUAACCA